AUGCAAUCCAAAACCGCCCCGCCAGAGCCAGAGGUCGGCACAGCAGCUGCUGCUGCUGCCGGUCCAGCAUGGCGUCAGUUCUCGUUCUUCGAAUCAUCACCCGUUCGCGAUAUCGAUGACUUUGCCAAGUCCCCUGUUGCCUUACGAAGUCCGACCGAGGUGGCUGCUGUAUGUCAGUGUCCUGUUCGACCUCCACCUUCUGCCCUCUCCCCCACCUCCAGCGAUCCAAAUACUUCUUCUGCAGUAGUCGCAUUCGACACCGACCCAUCCACCUCAUCCACCAAACCCACACGAGCAGCAAAGGCGGCGCGCAAACAACCGUGUACACUAGUCGGAACAAUACAAGGAACGAUUAAAGUGCUCGAUCCUGAAACCUUUCAGGAACUUGCAGCUUGGGAUGCAUUCUCUUCCGCUGGCGUUGUUGGUCGAGUAACGCACCUGUCUUGUGAUGCGAGGGGAAGAGUGGUAUCGUUCGGAGAAGAAGAUAGUUCUCGGUUCCCGGUCUUGAGGAUUUGGGAUUUGCGGACUGGGCGCAGUGCUAAGGACUGCGAAGUCAAAUGGAUGCCGAGGCUACUUGCGGAGGGCAAAGUACAGCACGGAAGUCGACCGCAUCCAAUUGCAGCGUUAUCGCAUACUCCAUCGUUGUCGUAUUUGUCGGCUGCGUUGGCGGAUGGAACGGUGUUGUUGUUAAGAGGGUUGGAGAGUGCGUUGAUGGCUGCAGUGGGUAGUGCGGGGAUUGCGAGUACUGGGUCGAGUGGGAGACCGGCGCCUGCGAUUGCGUUGCCCAAGUUUAAGGUCGUGUUUCAGCCGACGAGCGGUGAGAGCGGGGUUUCCGGGGAGGCUGUCACUGCGUUGGGAUUCUCGGAGGCUGCGGCGCCCAACUCUACCACACCAAAGGCUGGGAAGGAGAAAGCUGGGACAACAUCGACAACUGCACCGACUGCCUACGAGCCGAGAGUAAUGCACGGUUCCAAAGGACGUAAAGCUGCCCUAGCCCGAUCGCGGGACCCGCGCAACGCUAACUAUACAACUUCGACGCAAGAUCAGACUGCAGGUGGAGGAGUAGCAACACCGUCAGCAGUCCAUCUCUUCAUCGUCACUCUCUCCCGUGUUCUGCGGUAUAUUGUGGUGGGUAAGGGUGCAGGUGGUAGUCCUGCAGUGUUAGAUGAUGUUGGAUCUGCGUUGGGUUGUGCUGCUGUUAUCCAACCUUGCAGUACUUCCUCGACAGGACUAGGUUCUGCAACCGCAGCUCCGAGCUCAGCAGGGAAGAUGGUCAUCGCUCGAGACGAAGCCAUCUAUGUUAUCGGUCAAGAAGGGAGAGAGGCAUGCUUUGCAUAUGAAGAUCCGAAAUCUUCCAUCCACCUCUCGUCUUCUCAAGUGGUGAUCGUCUCGCCGCCUUUCACCCCCUCCUCUUCCUCUUCUGCGGGGAACCGAUUUGUCGGGAGGGAUUCGCCGCUCCCCACCCCCACCUCACGCAAAGGGUCAAUGUUGCCCCAGGAGAUCGCGAAGAUCACCAUUUUCGAUCUGGACAACAAGCUAGUAGCCUUCACCGGCACUUUCGAGUCUGGAAUCCGUUCCGCUUGGGUCGGGCAGUCUGGUGAGAUCUUUAUCCUAUCCGAUUCUGGUGAGCUUACUCGGCUCGACGAAAAGCCAUUGCGUGCUAAGCUGGAAGUGUUAUACCGCAAAAGUCUCUUCUUGCUGGCUGUGAAUCUCGCAAAAUCCCACAUGGCACGAGCACCAACCACCGACGUUCUUGCCCGAACAGAAUCCCUCAUGGGUGAAAUCUACCAACGCUAUGGCGACCAUCUCUACAACAAGGGAGACUACGACGGAGCGAUGUCACAAUACGUUAAAACCGUCGGCCACACCCAGCCUUCCUUUGUGAUUAGGAGAUACUUAGAUGCGCAGCGAAUCGGCAAUCUAACCACCUACUUGCAAGAACUGCAUGGAAGAGGACUAGCAAGUUCAGACCACACGACGUUGUUAUUGAACUGUUACACCAAGUUAAAGGAUGUAGUUAGUUUGGAUCGGUUUAUUAAACGGCCUCACAACCGGACCUCGCCUGCUGAAGACGGGGAGGAAGGUGCGGAAGGGGAAACGGGGGGCAAGGAUGAGUUGCCAUUCGAUCUUGAAACGGCCAUAAGAGUUUGUCGGCAAGCAGGAUAUUUCAGCCAUGCGGCGUACUUAGCGCAGAGGUACGGGGAGCACAGGGAGUAUCUUAGGAUUCAGAUCGAGGAUGCGAAGGAUUAUAAAGAUGCGUUGAUGUACGUGAGAGGGUUGGAGGUGGAAGAUGCGAUACAGAGUAUGGGGUUGUAUGCAAAGACGCUGUUGGACGAGUUGCCGGAUGAAACGACGGAGUUGCUGAUUGAGAUUUGUAGUGGAGCAUUUAGAGCUGAUCCGAAUGCCUGGGAGAAGGGGGUGAGAGUAGGGAAGGAGGUGGGGAGGGGGAGUGGGGAGAAGCAGAAGUCGGCUGCUGCUGCUUAUCUUAGCUAUCUGCAGGUAGGAGGCUAUGGAAGUGGGGGUGGGACAGCGAAUAAUACUGUUGCACAACGUAACUCGGCGGCGGUGGAACCGUAUGGGAUUCAGGAUGGCGGUUCGGGGACGAGGCCGACUAGUACGGUCAAGGAUAAGGAUGCAGGUACUACAGUUGUUGAUGCUGAUGCGAGCGGUGCUGAUGGGGUAGAGACAGAUGGAGGGAUCUAUGCUAUCCCAUCUCCCAGGACGUACUUUGCGCACUUCAUCCAGCAUCCCACACAUUUCGCAAGAUUCCUCGAAACGGUCGCGUUAGCCAGAUGGGGUCAAGUUGUGGACAUGGAUUCCCAACCACCCUCCACCACCACCAAACUCUUUCCGACAACCUUCAAGCAAGACUCGGACGACGUCCCACCAUACUCCGCAGACGUUGGUGAGCAAAUGGACGAAAUAGACGCAGCACUACGCAAUUUAGGCCUCAACACAAGCUCCUCCCCAGCCUCGGACGAGUACGAAGAUCAAGAACUUCUCGAUCAGAAAUCCAUUUGGAAUACUUUACUCGAACUCUAUCUCACCUCUCCUCCGCCCACCAGCGGUAGUGCGGAAGGGAGAAAGAAAGCGCUAAGGUUACUACAACAGCACGCAACGCUACCAUACGACAUCAGUCACGCAGUAAUGCUUUGUGCGAUGGAAGAUUUCACCGAUGGCCUCAUCUUGCUUUAUGAGAGAAUGGGAAUGUUUGAGGAUGUGAUCCGACUUUAUAUGGACUCCGCUUCCCAACCUUCGGAAGGUGGUGAAAGUAGCAAGAAGGUCAUUGAGGCAUUGUACAGGUAUGGACCGUUCAAACCGGAACUCUACGACCUAGUUUUGCGGUUCCUCGUGUCCUCAUCCACUCUUCUCUCUCGCCAUACCAACGACCUACUUGAAAUCCUGUCGACAAUCAGGGAUACCUCGCUUAUGUCGACCUUGGAAAUAGUCCAACUGCUCUCUUCCACCCCCCAUACCCAGGUUGGAAUUAUCCGCGAUUUCAUCACCACCUCAAUCUCUUCCACUCUCAAUUCUACCGCCUCUGACGAAAAACUUAUUUCGGAUUACAAAUCUUCCACGGACCAAACGCUCCAAGAGAUUGCGGAAUUAACCGAUGCAGGUGGAGCAAGAGUAUUCCAAAUGACAAGAUGCUCUGCUUGUGCGGGGCAGUUGGAUUUACCGAGCGUCCAUUUCAUGUGUAAGCAUAGUUAUCAUCAGCGAUGUUUGGGGGAGGAUGAGGUUGAGUGUGGGAUGUGUGCGGAACAUCAGGGUAGGGUUAGGGAUGCAAGACGGAGGCAGGCGGAGGUAGUAAGGGAUGUUGUUGCGAAAGCGAGGGAGGGAGAGGGAGAGGGGGGACUGGUAGGGGUUGUGUCCAGGGCGGCGAGGGCAGGAGGAGGAGGAGGGGAAAGGAUGGUUGAUGGAUUUGCAGAAUUGGCUAGCUUGUUUGCUCAACCUGUGAUGGCGGGUGCUGCUGCUGCUCAACUUCUCUGA